GAUUCGUUCCACAGCUCAUUGUCCAGAAAUUCGGAUCCUACAACAGGGUUUUCCGCUUUUCCUCAUCUUGGUAUCUUCAAGCUAGGUUUUAAGCAUGAAAGAGAGCCACUGAUUGCUAUAUUUCUAUCUUUUUUCAUCAACCAUUGAUGCAGUUCCUAUUUGAAGUUUUAAGCCGGUACAUACCAUUGCCAUUUGAUAAAGGGGAUUUUUUUUUUUUUUUAAAUGUUUGUGUCUUUUUAAUCGUGGGAUUAUCUGCUUAAUGCUACACAUUCUUUGGAAUGAUCAUUUCAAUUCAGUUAUGUUGAAUAUAAAACUCAAGAAUCCUGAAAAUCAGUGUGGUGGUUGUUUCUCGUACAUAGUUUUUGAACAUUUAUGUAUUGUUGUGGACGAGUUAUUCGAUUUCUCAGUACUGCCACAAGAAGUAAGAAGACUAACUGGGAUCCUACUGUUUCCCUUGAACUUAAUCACCCAUCUCUUCUUUUGCUUGAGAAAAGCAAUACCAGGGAUCAUUUCAAACAGAUUUUGGGGCAGAUGAUGAGAAGCAAUCUGAUUGGUCAAACAUUUCCCAUGAGUAGACUCAUUUUUUUCUCAGCAAUUUCACACCCUGAGAAUUUAGAUAUUGCCUUACUUCUUUUUAAUCACUUUACUCCUAAUCCUAACCUGUAUAUUUACAACACCAUGAUUUCUGCACUAACUUUGGCAACUAGUCAAUCUUUUGUUGUCUAUAAUUCUAUGCUGAGCUCUGGCAUUGAGCCAGAUAAACACACACUCCUUAACCUACUCCUUGCAGCUAAACAUGUAUUGGAAGCGAAGCAAAUUCAUUGCCAUGCCAUUGUUCUGGGUUUGUCAACCUAUAGAUAUAUGCAAAAUUCUCUCAUUAUGAUGUACUUAGAAAAUGGACUAUUUUGGCUUGCACAUCAGCUAUUUGAACAGAUGCUAGCUCCUGAUGUUGUUUCGUUCAACAUUAUGAUAGCUGUUUAUGCCAAGAAAGGAUAUAGUUUAGAAGCUGUACAACUGCUUCAUGAAAUGAUCGCUUUAGGCCUUAAACCUGAUGAGUUUACCAUGUUAGGCCUUCUUGUUUCUUGUGGGCAAUUGAAAGAGGCACAAUUUGGGAAGGCUGUUCAUGCAUGGAUAGAAAGAAGGAAGUCCAUGACUUCAUCAAAUCUGAUAUUGGGUAAUGCUCUUUUGGAUAUGUAUGUAAAGUGCCAAGAGUUGGAUCUUGCCCAGAGGACAUUUUCUGCAUUGACAGAAAAGGAUAUUGUUUCAUGGAACACCAUAAUUGCAGGAUGUGCCAAGGCAGGUAACUUGGAGCUUGCACGGACAUAUUUUUAUCAAAUGCCUAUUAGGGAUCUUGUGUCUUGGAAUUCUUUAAUUGCUGGUUAUGCCUGUAGAGGUGAUUUUACAAUGAUAAGAAACUUAUUCAAUGAUAUGGUGGUGGAAAAUGUUACACCUGACAAUGUUACAAUGGCUAGCUUGAUCUCAGCUGCUGCAGAAAUUGGAGCUCUGGAUCAUGGUAGGUGGGCACACGGCUGGAUAAUUAGAAUGCACAUUAAAAUAGAUCCUCUUUUGGGUUCAGCAUUGAUUGACAUGUAUUGCAAGUGUGGAAGUGUUGAAAAGGCUUUCUUGGUUUUCAGAGAAAUUAUUGAAAAGGAUGUCAUAGUAUGGACAACAAUGAUUACUGGAUUUGCUUUUCAUGGCUAUGGAAGCAAAGCAUUGGAACUGUUUUCAGAGAUGCAAGAAUAUGCAAGUCCAAAUGAGGUUACUUUUGUUUCUGUUCUUGCAGCUUGUAGUCAUAGUGGACUUGUAGAACAAGGGCUUAAAACCUUCAAUUGUAUGAAAGAAUAUGGAAUGGAACCAAGAAUUGAGCACUAUGGAUGUUUGGUGGAUCUUUUAGGGCGAUCAGGUAGGUUGGCCGAGGCAAAAGAUGUCAUUGAAAGGAUGCCCAUGAAACCAAGUCGAUCUAUCUGGGGGUCAAUACUAAAUGCUUGUCGAGCUCAUGGAGACAUGGAAAUGGGGGAGAGAGCUUUGGCGGAGCUGCUAAAGUUAGAACCUGAGGAAGAGGGCGGAUACAUGCUGUUGUCUAACAUAUAUGCUGCCAAUGGAAGGUGGAGUUAUUCUGACAAGAUUAGAGAGAGCAUGGAAAGCAGAGGAGUGAAGAAGACAGCUGGUUGCAGUAGUCUAGUUAUUGAUGGAGUUAUUCACAAUUUUCUGGCUGCAGAUAAGUGGCACCCUAGAUGGACAGAGGUAAAGCUCAUUUUGAACUGUUUGUCAAGUGAACUGAAGUUAGGGGCUGAUGUUCCUGGGGAAUCUAUGCAUCCAUUACAGGACACAUGUUGACAGAGCUUUUUUCUUUCAGCCUCUUCAACAACAUAGAUGCUGAACAUUUUAUAGAUACUGUCUGCGUACUGAGGCAUUGUCCCAUUCUCAUGUGUUGUUUCAGCUGAAAUACACUAUUGUAGGUGUAUUCAAGAUGCAUUCUUUUCUGGUGACAGUCGGUGAGAACUUGGCUGUUUUAUAGAAGUAAAUGGAAGGCACAACUGUUUUGCGCUUCACAUGCGGCACUGUGAGCCAACAAUCCUUCACCAUGCUCAUCUUAGUUGCUGAAAGUGUAUCUUAGAAACAUGGAGCGUCUGUAGAUCUAGUUACAAGUUGGUUCACCGGAUUGGGCUUGAUCUGAGUUAAAUUCGGACUGAUCUUCAUAAAAAAAUUUGUAGACCCAGACCGGUCUUCAACCUUAGGGGGCUGGUUUCAGUCUCAUCCUUCUAAUCCUAAAUAGGAAUUUUCAUAAUUUGACCCUUUUUUUUUUUUAAUUUAUCAUUUAGACUUUAGGUUUUAGUCCUUGAUUUUACUUCCUGUCACUCAUUUAAAUCUUUUCAUUUAUUUUGUCAUUUGUAUUUUAAAAUAAAUUUUUGUUUAAUUUCUACAUAUUAUAAUUAUUUAUUUUAUUUUUUAAUUUUGUAUUUA